GAUUCGACAACAACAUAACCAACAUGGGAUUUCUGGAGUUCUUUAAAGACUUUUUCCUGGGUUUCUGGGACUAUGAGACCCCAAAGAUUAUGAUAGUGAAGAACAGAACACUGGGGGUCAUUUACAGAUCUGUGCAGCUUCUUGUCAUCACGUAUUUCAUUUGGUAUGUGUUUAUCAGUCAGAAGGCUUAUCAGGAAACUGAGGACCGUCCAGAGAGCUCUGUCUACACCGAGAUGAGAGGAGUGGCCAUACUGGGGGACAGCGUACGGGACACGACCGAAUACGCCAAGCCGUCCGAGGGUGGUGAUGUGAUUAGUACGAUACUGAGACGGGAGGUGACGCACAAUCAGAGACAAGGCACAUGUGCUGAGCAUUUCAGCAUCCCGAACGCAAACUGCACCUCAGACGCAGACUGCACCCCGGGAGAGCUGGACUUUGACAGCCACGGUCAGAGAACAGGACACUGUGUGCCUUACUACAAUUACACCUUUAAAACCUGCGAGAUCAAAACCUGGUGUCCGAUCGAGGAGGCGGCCGCAGAGAUAGAGCCGCCACUGGAACAAGCAAUCAACUUCACGGUCUUCAUAAAGAACGCUAUUCAUUUCCCAAAAUUCAAAGUGCUCAGGGUAAACAUCAAACCGAGGAAGCUAAAGAAGCUCAUGCGGUGCCAUUACCACCCCGAGACCAACCCGUACUGCCCUGUGUUUAGACUCGGCUACAUAGCUGACCAGGCCCGAGAGAAGUUCAGCGAACUCUGCAAGACGGGUGGAGUGAUCGGCGCGUUCAUUAACUGGAACUGCGACUUCGACGUCGAUCCAUCGGAAUGCGUUCCUACCUACUCGUUUCGGAGGCUGGACCUCAGGAAAACCCUGAUGAGCUCAGGUUACGACUACAGGUUUGCUAAGUACUACUACAAGGACGGAGUGGAGUACAGAUCACUUAUAAAAGCGUUCGGGAUUCGUUUGGAUGUCAUCGUACAUGGGCAUGCAGGAAAAUUUAGUCUGAUCCCAACCAUCAUCAAUGCGGUCACUGCCAUGACUUCUGUGGGAAUAUGCUCCAUCAUCUGUGAUUGGAUCAUGUUAACGUUUAUCGAUAAGAAUGAGGUCUACAGUGGGAAGAAGUUUGACGACGUCUCUAAGAACCCCAACCCACCAGUCGUCACAGAGAUCUCCCUCACCAGCUACGGCUCCAACCACUCUGACCUCUCAGACGGGGUGCCAUUGUGAGACUCCGCCCCCUGUCACCCUGGACUACUGAUGCAAAAAACAAAAAAAACAAACUACAUGAUAAUCCAGAGACCCUACAGCCACUUAAAACCUACAUAUGAGCUUAUCUGAAUAAAAGAAACUCGCAUACUGACUUAUAAUAUAGCUGACUCGACAGUCUUGAUGUUAAUCUGAUAUAGAUAAGCUGACAAAAUAUUAGGUACACAUUGUACAGUAAAUACAAGGUACAGGUAAAGUUGUUGGAGAAA